UCGGAGGCCGCCACCGCUUUGCUUGCUCCGUGCCGGGGCGCAGGGUUCCGCCCGGUGCCCCGCCUGGCCGGGGAAGGGGGCGGGAGGAGGGCAGGGCUGGCGGCGACAGCGACCUGGGGACGAGUCCCGUGGCCUGCGCCGGGACGCGGACGCGGCCGGGCGCGGCUGGGCCAUGCUGCCUUUGUGCCACGCCGGGCGGGUGGCGCGCGGUGCGCAGGGUCCCGGCGUCCCCGCGAGCGCGCGCGGCGGGGGCCGCUGCUGAGCGGCGGAGGGAGCCGGGUCUCGCUCGGCUGCAGGGUAAGGCCAGCUGUGCACACGAACUUCGGUUCUUCACUUCCAGCGAGCCAGAGCUUUGUAAAUGGACUCUGACAUGGACUACGAACGACCCAACGUUGAGACCAUCAAGUGCGUGGUCGUGGGCGACAACGCCGUGGGGAAGACUCGCCUCAUCUGUGCCCGGGCCUGCAACACCACCCUGACCCAGUACCAGCUGCUGGCCACCCAUGUACCCACCGUGUGGGCCAUUGACCAGUAUCGUGUCUGCCAGGAGGUCUUGGAGCGGUCCAGGGAUGUCGUUGAUGAAGUGAGCAUCUCCCUCAGGCUUUGGGACACAUUUGGAGAUCACCACAAAGACAGACGGUUCGCAUACGGCAGGUCCGAUGUUGUGGUCCUCUGCUUUAGCAUUGCGAACCCCAACUCCCUAAAUCAUGUGAAAACCAUGUGGUAUCAAGAAAUCAAGCACUUUUGCCCUCGAACACCUGUUGUCCUGGUUGGCUGCCAGCUAGACCUCCGCUACGCCGACCUGGAGGCCGUUAACCGGGCCAGACGCCCCUUAGCAAGGCCCAUAAAAAGAGGUGACAUUUUGCCCCCAGAAAAAGGCCGCGAGGUGGCGAAGGAACUUGGCAUCCCUUACUAUGAGACCAGCGUGUUUGACCAGUUUGGCAUCAAGGACGUGUUCGACAAUGCCAUCCGCGCAGCCCUCAUCUCCCGCCGGCACCUGCAAUUCUGGAAAUCCCACUUGAAAAAAGUCCAGAAGCCCCUGCUUCAGGCGCCCUUCCUACCUCCGAAAGCUCCUCCCCCGCUCAUAAAGGUCCCCGAGUGUCCGUCCACCGGGACGAGCGACUCCGCCUGUUUACUGGACAACCCCCUGUGUGCCGACGUCCUCUUCGUUCUCCACGACCAGGAGAACAUCUUUGCGCACCGCAUUUACCUCGCUACCUCUUCUUCCAAAUUCUAUGACCUUUUUUUAAUGGAGUGUGAAGAAUCCCCAGGUUGGGGUGGAGGAGCUGGUGAGGAGGUGCCAUGCAGGGAUUUUCAGGGGCGGACGCAAAGUCUUGGAUCAGCCGAGGAAGGGAAGGAGGGCUCCCAGAGGACCCUUCAGGCUAACCCGGGAGCAUCUUCAGGCCAUGACCUUCCCGAGAGUCAGGCUUUACAGACUGAUGCCUCGGGUUCUGAGGCACACGCCCUGUCCGGCUGGAGCAAGGGGUUUGUCAGCAUGCACAGGGAGGUGCGGGUCAACCCCAUUUCCAAGCGGCUGGGUCCAGUGACCGUGGUCAGGCUGGACCCUUCGAUGCAGUCUGGCCCUUUCCGGACCCUGCUGAGAUUCCUCUAUUCUGGGCAGCUGGAUGAAAAGGAGAAAGAUCUGCUGGGGCUGGCUCAGAUGGCCGAGGUCCUGGAGAUGUUUGAUCUGAGGAUGAUGGUGGAGAAUAUCAUGAACAAGGAAGCCUUUAUGAACCAGGAGAUCACGAAAGCCUUCCACGUCAGGAAAGCCAAUCGGAUCAAAGAAUGUCUUAGCAAGGGCACCUUCUCAGACGUGACAUUCACCUUGGAUGAUGGAGCCAUCAGUGCCCACAAGCCGCUGCUGAUCUGUAGCUGCGAGUGGAUGGCGGCCAUGUUCGGGGGCUCCUUUGUGGAGAGUGCCAACAGCGAGGUUCACCUCCCAAAUAUAAACAAGAUGUCGAUGCAGGCGGUGUUGGAAUACCUCUACACCAAGCAGUUGUCGCCCAACUUGGACCUGGACCCCCUGGAGUUAAUUGCCUUGGCAAACAGAUUUUGCCUGACACACUUGGUUGCACUCGUAGAGCAGCACGCUGUCCAGGAGCUCGCCAAGGCCGCCGUCAGUGGUAUGAGCAUCGAUGGUGAAGUUCUUUCCUACUUGGAGCUGGCGCAGUUUCACAAUGCCAACCAGCUAGCCGCCUGGUGUCUACAUCACAUCUGCACCAACUACAACAGCGUCUGCUCCAAGUUCCGAAAGGAAAUCAAAUCCAAGUCAGCAGACAACCAGGAGUACUUUGAGCGGCACCGCUGGCCCCCUGUGUGGUACCUGAAGGAAGAAGACCACUACCAGCGUGUGAAGAGGGAACGAGAGAAAGAGGACCUGGCACUGAACAAGCACCAUUCGAGGAGAAAGUGGUGUUUUUGGCAUUCGUCCCCAGCUGUCGCCUGAGGAGGAGAGAGGGAGGGAGACCGUCCCCCGCUGAAGGCCACCUCCACGGUUGACAGCUCUACUGUAAAAACCAGUCUCCUUAGCCAUCCGUGCAGUUAGGGUUCGGGGCACUGGCUUUUCCACUUGUGUGCAUUUAUCUCCACCAGGAUCAGAGCACAAGCUUGCCAUCGAUGAUGAGCCAGGACAGAAAAGGGAAGCUGACAGACUUCGAAUUCCUUCAACUCAUAAUGUCCUUUUUUGUUGUUGUUUUUUUUUUUUCCUUCUUAGGAAGCUUUACUACACUUUAGUCCGUUACUUUGUUCCUUUUGAUACAAAGAGAAACAAAACCCAGCUUUGGUGUCUCAGAUUCCAGAUUGGAGACUAUUUUUCUACGGACUCCUGUAUUUCGCUAAAGUGACAAUACUGAGUAUUACUUUACUUUAUAGGACACACAUUGACCAUGAAGUUGCCCCCCCCACCCCACCCCCGUGGCUCUCUCGGCCCAGGUGACCACUGGACGUCACUCUUAAUUACAGAGAUAUCCUUUUGUCGUGAGGUAAAGGGUUGGGCUGAAAUGGCCUGAGGUAUAUAUACAAGCUGGAGGUGCUUCAUCUUUGUUCUGAUGAGCGACACUGGUAUAAUUACCUAUUUACAGGAUUUCCUUUUUAAGUGCUAGUAAUUAUAUGGUUAUCUGUGCCGUAUAACUACGGUGAGGGCAAAUAUCCUACUUUUAAAAUAUCUAGAUUCAAAGAGGAUAAUUUUUAUCAUCAUUAGAAGGGCUUAUUCAACCCCAAUCCUAUCAGGGGCAAGACUGACUGCCGGACCUGGGUCCCUACAACGCCGUUUGAGUCCUACCAUUGGAUAACUGUGUCAAGGGUUGGUGGUUUUCAGUGUUCUGUGAUUUUGCUGUGCCUCCACCAGCAAAUUCUCCCGGGGCCUGAGCAGAGAUAAGGGAAGAGGUGCAGGCUCAUCCCACUGUCUACACGUCAGUCACCUCAGCCUCACACCUGCAGCCUCCCACCUGCGGCCAACUUCACUUUGUAAGAUGAGUUGUUGUUGCUGUCGUUGUUAUUGUUGUUGUUUUAACUCUUCCCAAGGGAAAAUUCAGGUCACCACUCAAGUAGGCCAAGGCAGACCAUCUGCUUCUACAAGCGGUCCCACCAUGGAGCCUGCGAAAGCACAAAGCUGAGGGCCAGGUCCUGCCUUCUCCAGCAGGGAAAGGAGCCACCUAUGAAGAGCAUAGGGAAUGGUGCUAUUAUGUGGUAGUUCUGACCCCGGGUUCCUUGGGAAGGGCAGUGUUAGAACAGAGCUUGCAAAGAGGCAUCAACAUCAUUGCCUUUCUGCAGAUGAAAAUGUUACAGUAUAUGCACUUAUUCACACGUGUGUAUACACACACACACACACACACAAUCGUCAGUCACAGCUCCACGCCUGCCACGGGACGUGUGCUGGACACUACUGGGGCCCAUCCUGUUGGGAGGUCACCUUACUGAUGCUAAGGGCUAUUGAUUUUUUUUGGGGGGGGGUUGUUUGUUUUGCUUUGUUUUGUUUUGGGGAAGGGGGGUGGUGUCUGAAGAUGGAAAAGAAACAGUUAAGUCCAAACUCCAAAUAAUGCCGUAUGGAUCUGGAAAUCUGUGUAGACCAUGGGCAGGCAUUUGUCUCUGGCACGGCCACAUACCAGAUUCAAGAGCUUAGAAAGACCCCAGGAAGGCAUCACCCUCUCGUGGCAGAGAGGGAGCAAGGGGGGAGGGAUGUGGAGGGGCAAAGCUGAUAAAGCCUUCUCCUUUAACUUUUGUUAAUAGGGAAAAUGGCUGACGGAAGGAGAUGGUACAGGUCAAGACUUGGGGAGAAGUAGUAUGUAAGCCACCUAGAGGUUCUAUUUCCAGUUAGUAGGUCCUAGUCGAACUUAACAACCAAAGCUCCAUCCGAUUGUACUCUUGCCAAAACACAACAGACAUAUACUCGAACAUGGGGCGAAAGCAAUAACAUCCUCCCAUGUUCUUCACGGCUGCUGGAACCAAGUGGCUGGUUCAUUUGGUUGAUACUGAUCCGCCUUUAACCACGAUGGUUCAUUUCGUGUUUUUUUUUUUUUAA